AUGGCCAUCCCAUCGCUGGAGGAAUUAGUAAAAAUGAUGGCAGCUUACCAAGAGUCCCAUGGCUCCUUGGAACAGGUGCUGUCUCAAGUGCGGCAGGCUGCAGGAGGACGUCUGGAUCGGCCAGAGGGAGCUGAGGUGUCGUUAAGCGGGCGGAGGGCCAGGAGGUCGAGACCUCCGUCACGUUUGUCUCCAAGUCCUGUGCGGAGGAGCGGCGGGAGGAGUGCCCAGCGGUCCGAGGAGGGGAGCGGCGAUGCCGGGCGAUUGCCGGCGCGCAGUGUGACCAGCCGGAGGCGGAGGAGGGCCGGACAGGUACUUGCUGCGUCCGGGCCCCAAGAUGGCGGAGAUCGUGAUGGCGGGAACCCGGCCGGAAGGUCGCGCAGCCCGCGCCCUUCUCUUCCGGCGCGG